AUGACCAUCAGACCCAUAGAUAAAGGCCAGCGUUACAGGCCAUUCCUGAAAAAGUUUGAAGUUCUGCUAGUGGAAAUGCAGGAUCCGAAUUCCGGCAUCAAAAUGAUCACUCAGAGGGUCAUGAUCACUAACAUCCCACAUGCCAUGACUGGUUUGGAUAUAUGCCAGUGGAUUAUGCAGCACCUGCAGAUUGGUGGCGAAGAGGCAUUAAACCUGGGAAGUAUGACUAUUAAAUAUGGAUAUAUCUAUCCUCUUCAAGAUCUCAAAAAUCUUACUCUCAGACCAGACAACAGCCUCUACAGAUUUCAAACACCGUACUUUUGGCCAACGCAGAAAUGGGCUGCAGAUGAUACAGAUUAUGCAAUUUACCUAGCCAAGAAAAAUAUUAAAAGGAAAGGACUCCUAGAAGAAUAUGAAAAGGAACAAUAUAACAUGCUGAACAAAAAAAUCAACCACAAGUGGGACUUUGUUAUUAUGCAGGCCAAGGAACAAUAUAGGACAGGAAAAGAACGAAAGAAGGCGGACCGGUAUGCUAUGGAUUGUCAGGAAAAGGCAUAUUGGCUAGUGCAUCGAGCACCUCCAGGGAUGCAGGAUACACUUGAAUAUGGACUAAACCGAGUGAGUGAUCCCAAUGAAACUGAGGUAAACCAGAAAAAAACAAUAGAUGUUUGCAGGAAAGAGAUCAUGUACUACCAGCAGGCUCUGAAGAAGACCAGAGUAAAGUGUUCUGUCUCUCUGGAAGGAUUAGUGAAGUACUCUGAGCAAUUCCGCUCCAGCGAUCCCAUCCUUUCAGGAUGCCUCCCCAGCAUCCCCUGGAUCACCGAUGAUGUUGAUUUUUGGGAGCUCAAUGCAAAGAUGGUGGAAACCCCCACCAAAAAACGUGUAGAAAGAUGGUCCUUGAAUUUUGCGGAGCUGAUGAGGGAUCCCAAAGGCCGCAAGAGCUUCCGGCUGUUCCUGCAGAAAGAGUUCAGCGGGGAAAACCUGGCCUUUUGGGAAGCUUGUGAAGAUCUGAAAAAUGGAGACCAAUCCAAGGUGAAAGAGAAAGCACAAGAAAUUUACAAAACCUUCCUUGCACCAGGAGCAAGACGUUGGAUCAAUAUUGAUGGUACCACUAUGGGCAUCACAGUCAGAGGCCUCAAACACCCUCAUCGCUACGUCUUAGAUGCUGCACAAACUCAUAUUUAUAUGCUCAUGAAAAAGGAUUCUUAUGGUCGCUAUUUGAAGUCUCCAAUAUACAAGGAAAUAUUGUCCAAGGCAAUUGAACCGCAACCAUCAGCAAAAAAAAGCUCUAAUCCAUUUGGUCGCAAACAACUCCGCUCUAGCCCCAGCCCAGUCAUCUUGAGGCAACUGGAAGAAGAAGAGAGGAUUAAGGAAGCAGCACUCUUUGUGGAUAUCACUCAGCUGUGCCAGUUUACUGCUCCGGCUCCCCACCUGGCUGUUUACACUGGUACUUCUGAUCAUCCAUCUCCUUCCAAGCCUUUUCCUCCCUCCUGCCAUGCCCUGAAUGAGCUUCCUCUUCAAUGCCCUGAACACAUUACUCUGCCAAACAGCCCCAGCUGCCCCUCUCCUAUUAGUGUAGCUUUAGAAAGCACCUUGCCAAUGGAUAUGAACUGGGACACUAAUGGAACCAGCUCUAACCCCUUUCCUACCAUUAAUGAAGGCACUGAGAUCUCCAUGGAUUCUGAAUCAGGUACCUGCUCCCUGGAUCCAGUGAGUUCCGAAACCAAACUGCCACCCAAGUCCUGGGUGAACUUGACCCUCAGCAGGUUCUUGAAACGCGGAUGUUUGAACUCACAAGCUUUUGCCACACUGUCCCCCAAGUGCUCUGCAGUGACUCAUGGGAAAGUGCAGCCAUUAGAUGAUCUGAAACAAGAACUGCAACAAAAGCACAAAAAGAUGUCCAACUUCUUCCGGAUAAAAGUAGACAUCCCUUUGGAGAGCAAAAUCUACCCCAUAGACUCUGAGGAAGAAGAGGAGAACAGCCACUGGGCUUCCAAGGAGUCAGCAAAAGAAGUUAUUUGCCCGUGGGAGAACCAGACACAAUAA